GUCGGGGGAGGGAAAGACGUUGGCAAGGAUAUUUAUUAGCCCCAUGCUAAAGAGCCAGGAUGGAUGGGACAUCUUUAGGAAGGAGGUCCAGCUCCAGGAGCAGAUCUUCCUGAGACCAACCCCAGUUGUCCUGGAUGGUUCUCACGAAUCAUGGAGAAUUUCAUUUUAUGGCUGAGCCAGUUUUCUUGGGAGACGCAACAGGCACAGGCUAUGAAGAUCUGCACGGUGUACUUUAAGUGUACAACAGAAGUGGAGCAAGCUUGAAAGUUUUCCUUGGAGAAUACUUUAUUGAAAGCAGUGCUGCUCCUGGAGAAAACAAGAGUAGAAUCCAGGAUCUCCAAAGGUGCUGCCUGGCCUUCCAAGCCUGGGAUCUCUGUCUAGAUCACAACAUGGCUUCCGAUGACAUGGUAGACAGCACUAAUAAGAUCACUUCCAGCAUUUCAGAAGUGCUGGACCUCUGUCAGACUGAUGCUGAGACCAUUCUUGGCAACUUGGGAUUCACAGAAGAAUUAGCACAGGCUGCCACUUGGAUUCCUGAUCGGUUCUUCUCUGUUCCAUCCCAAGCUGAGGGAAUAAAUUUCCCUCUCUUUCUAAGAGCUCAAAUCCAGCGGAUCGAGAUGGAGGAUCCUUGCCUGAUGUUAGUAAGUCGAUUCAGAGAUGUCCAAACUGUGGGUGAAACAGCUGAUGAUUGCUUCUGCCUCUAUUCAUAUCUAUCUAAGACACCAGUGCAGGAGAUCUCACCUGGCCACUUGUUUUGGGCCUUUCCAGAAAUCCCGGAUUCCUGGACUGUUCCUUCCCAGCCAGAGUCUUCAUCUCCUCUCCAUGCCCUGCAAAAAGCUAUGCGCUUGUGUACCUCAUCCCAGAAAGGAUGGCCCCUGAGAGCAUUCACUGUGCAGUCUCCUGUGAAUUGCAUGGCACAGGAAAUGUGGGAAGGGAUAUCCAAGGGUCACAAAGGUCGAUUUCCAUUUAAUGUGGAAGAUCUGGAAGAUGAAACUCAAGCAAUGCCCACAAAGGAUUCAGUUUGUCACAGUAGGAUAGGAAGAAGGGUGGUUUCUUCGAGGACUGCCUUCGUAGAGACGCCACUGGUGAUUUCUCCCUGUAGCUACUGUGAAACUCCAUAUUAUUCUUGGAAAAAUGCAGAUAUAUCCUUGCCAGGGUGGCUUUCUUUCCACUUUGGUGGGACAAGAAAGAAGACGUUGGACAAUGUUGGCCCCCAAGAGUUAUGCCAUUUUGGACAUCAUUCUUCUCCAGAGGCUACCUCUCCAGAUGAAACCAGUGAAGAAUCUGAUGAAGAGUAAUCCAUUGAGAAAAGAAGAGGAUUGUAUGGACCUCUUAGUUAGUGUAUGCCCAAAAAGCAGGUAUCCAACUUUUCCAACGUGAUCUUAAUCAUGUACUCUGUGGCCUAAUUCCAUACAUUAAAGCUCUAGCGCCAUAUUGGUGCUCUGAAGAUUAAUAAUAGAGGCCUACUUUAAACGGAUAAUGCGAAGAUUAUUUAAUUGAUGGUAAAGUUGUUGUCCAUGGGGUCGCGAUGGGUCGGACACGACUUCGCAACUAACAACAACAAUAACAAAGUUG